GUGGAAUUAUUGACACGUGGAAGUGUAGUGGCGGCAGCCUCAAAGCUAUCAGCGAUGACAGGGGAGGGCAUGGAGACUUCGCUUCAUGGGGGCCUGCGGGGAACCCCUCUUGGUCCGCAGGUUGAGGAGGAAGUGUUCGCGCAGACUGUUGUGAUGACUUACAAACAGCAGUUGGAGGAGAUGUACACGGUGCUGUGCCAAGCGAAUGGAGAUCUGCCAUGCGACGUUCUGCUGGAGGGAUUGGAGACCUACGACAGGUGGGAUGAUGAACUCUACGAUCUCAUCUCUUUCCGACAGCAGGAUGUGGAUGACAGAGCGAGGGCGAUGGCUGUUUUCUACGAUUGCGUCGACAUCCUGCAGCAGGUCAAGGAUAUUUUUGCUGUCCGUCUAGCGACUAGUCGCGCUUGUGCUCCACCGGAUACUGACGUACGCACAGCAUCGACACCACCAACAACAUCGAUAACACCAUUAACAACACCAAUUUCGUCAACGGCAAUAACGGCGGCACUGAUUUCGACCACGGUCACAUUACCAGUGGUCAAUACGGUUUUAUUGCCAACACCAGUAACAGCAGUGACCGCAUCACCAAUAGCAUCAUCAACAAGAUUACCAUCAUCAGCAACAAUGGUACCAAUAGUGGCUACACAGACUGGCGCCGCAUCGCCUGCGCUGUCAAUUGCAACAUCUACACCAAUGAUUUCGCUAUCUAUAGAGAUGGCGCCGUCAAAUUGUCCUGGUUGUGUUUGCCAACGGGAGUUGUUCGUGCCGGGUUCUGACGCGCGGGGGUUGGAAGAGGGGCCACCCUCGUACGUGGCGUUCGCGGAUCUGCCACGAUCAAAGGUGCUCAUAACGUGCGGCUGCAAAACCCUUGAGGAGGGGCAAGGGUUUGGUGGCAAGUGCGAUGUGCGUGUUUCAGCAGACGGCUUUUGGGCCAGCAGCGGCACUGUUGGGGACGCACCAAGGAAAGGCGUCAUUCGUCCAAACAUAAACAACAAUAACUGUAAUACUGUGUGCACCGAUGACACCAGCAACCAAAUUGCUGCCGACAUUCGUGGAGGGGUGACUGGGAUUUGCCUGUUUUUCAUUCCGUCUUCCUUCUGGUCUACUGUGGGGGAUGAUUGGGGUCAGGAGCGAGAGGGAUGGGGAGUCGUUGUGCUUCGCGCACAGGAAGGCGAAGCUGGGAUGCGGGAAGUGGGAGGGGGGCGUGAAGGAGUGGGAUAGGGACGAUAGCUCCCUAUUUGUUUUCAUGCCCUCUACCCUGUGUGGAUUCGCGGAUUGCGUUUAGCUGCUGAAUAUGAUGAUCGGGGGGGGGAUAUGGCGAUUCCUACAUAACUUCGAGA